UCGAUUUUUGGCUGUUCUUUCAAGAACGCUCCUUACUGUACCUCGCCAUUUGGCGAAUAUCGUGUCGUCUACGAGUAUUGGAUACAUAUGUGACGUAUUGUGUUCAUGACCUUGGUCUAUUGGCUUGUGGCAGCACGAAUGCCACAGGGCAACUCUUUGGGGCAAGACUCCGCAGGAUGUUGUUACUAUUUAUGGCAACUACAGUAUCCAAAUGGCGACUCAGACUCAGGUUGGUGUGCGCGCAGCAAUCAUAUGAAUCUAGUUCAUCCAGGACGUGGAGCAACUUUGGGGAGGCAACCAUAGCAGGGGAAGGUUCAAACGUUCAAGGCGGGCCGUGGAACAGUCUACUUUCGCUCUCAGUAACGAUGACAAUGCUAUAAUCAUGCUACAAUCUGCUCCCCAAAUAUCAGGUGCCUCCUAGUCAUCAAGAAAUCUUCCCCCUGGCCAUCAUAGACCAAUGCUCAUCAACAGUAGUGCUGAUGCAAAGAAAGAAAGUGACAUAUCAGGAGCAAUUUGAACACCAGCAACUUCGCCGCAGUGCUGUUGGGCGACAGAGACUUGUGUCUAAGGUUGAUUCCACUAGAUACUAUUAGUAAAAAAAAAUACGCAUCCACCAGACCACUGAAAUUGGCAACUGGGACCCCCACCAACCGUCAUCAAAUGCCGUCUGCGAGUCAUAGUAGUAUCACGGUUGUGGGUAGAGUUGGUUUUCUGGAUUCAAAGAAGACCUUGGUUUCAGGAUCGUCGAACCUUGAUUAUCAAAGAAACGGUGCAAAUCCUCUGCCUGUCAUUCCAUAAUCAUCCACACUGUUUAGGUAUGGUAUGCCAUCAUGAUGAUCGCGAGUUUACUCAGCUGAGAAGCCAUCGCAAGCCUACGAGGAACUGUAGAGGGCUAGUUGCAUCAAGAUGAUGUGUGCAGUGGCAACAGCUUAGUGAUGGUUGUAAUAGCACUGUGAGUCCUUCGUGUCUCAGAUCUCAGGGCCUCACUUUGUUUCAAGUUUAUGGAAAUGCGACACCAUGUUCGGGAUACAGGAAUAUCUUGCCACAGCAUCGACGUCUUAUGAAACGACGGUUUUCGAAGUUUCAAUCUCCAAAAUAUUCCCUGUGGUACUAUAGUCGGCUAAAGCGACUAUACUACUGUGUCCGUGGUACUCAUAAGAAAUAUCAAGGGAAAAUUUAUGAGAUCAAAAUUUGACGACUUUCCCUCGAACUCCGACCUACCGUGCCCGUGAUGGCUCAAGAAUGUUGCUGAGUGGAUGUUAAGAAUAUUCCUGAACGUCUCCUCCCUUCUACAACGCUAUGUUAUGGAUUCCGGUCCCGCCGCGAGCACGAAUUGGCCAACCUCCGAUCAGAAUCCCGUCUUUGCUUCUGCCACCAGAGUCAACGGUCACGUUGGAGUCGCUUCUUUAUGUUUUUUGGCAUGGGACAUUCUCAUACAUCUUGGAGAUGAGGUCGAGUAUAUCUGGCAAGGCGGGAACACUUGGCUGAAAUACAUGUACCUUCUCAUUCGCUAUAUCCCAGUAUUAACACAAGGAUGCCUUUUAAUCAUAACGACAGGCUAUAGCUCUGGUAUACGCUUUCCACUUUACACUUGCAGAGGUUGGGUUCUCUACCAAGGUUUAGCAUCCGAGUUCAUGAGUUUGGCUGUCGAAACAGUCCUGCUCGUUCGAGUUUACGCUCUAUAUAACCGCAGCAAAUUUAUCCUCUGGACGCUAUCCACAUUAUUUCUCGCCGAGAUCGCUGCAACGCUCACUGUAAUCAUACUAACAACGCCAAAGAUAGAAUUCAAUAGAGAAUGUAUCGUCACCUUUGCACCUCGGAUUUAUGGUGGAUAUUGGCUCUCCUCUCUCGGGUUCGAAACCAUCCUUUUUCUGUUAACUAUCUUUAAGUUUGCCACUGUCGUCCGGCGUGGUCUCGGUGAUAACACCGUUAUCAAUGUUAUUGUUCGGGAUGGAACAUGGGCCUACGCCAUGGUCUUCGCCAUCCUUCUUCUCAAUCUCUCAAUGUACCGGUUCGAUCACACAGCUAUGGCCGGUAUCUUUUAUUUUUGGCACUUAACCGUUAUGUCAUUUGCCGGCUCUCACCUCCUCCUAAAUCUCCGUCGCCUUAGCACUCGAGUUCGCCUAACCCACACAUUAAGCGCCCACUUCACUUCAGGAUUUGACGUUGGCUAUCAGCUCUCCUCUUUCGGCCAGAAGGGCCACUUUGAUGCCUCCGCAUCCGAAAUCUCUGGAAUGGCUGAUCGUGAAAGUAUUCCCGUUCCUUCUCCUUUAUCCCGCACAUCUUCCAUGCAAGUUAUUCCAGGUCCACACAGCUUCGAUCCAUAACCUCGGAAAACUUCGCAUGAACAAACAGUCUCUCAUAGACAAUAACUCGCCCCGUAUUAGACGUCUCUUCACUUUCCCAAACAGCACCUCCACCCUCAUCAGCCGCCUUGCAUCCCCCCUCCUCUCGUUUAACCACACCACAAAGCGUCACCUCCAACUACUCCCAUAUAACGACAGAAAUGUACCUCAUGACCCCCCGUGCCGUCUAACUUACUGUAUGCUGCACUAUUGUUACCCCGGCAUUCAAAUGAUUCCCCCCUUUUUUCAUAUUCAAACAUAUGUUUCCGCCGAUGAUAUCGAAUUGCCCCAGUGACUUCAUACUUCCGUUUAAGUGAUAUCCAGACUACACAUGAUCACACCAUGAUCACC